GGUGCUUGUUGCUGCUCAGGGGACCAGUCCAGCCUAGCCUUCCCAAGAUGUUCGGCUCAUUGACCAGUGCCUAUGCCGUCUGUGCUGCAGCGGCCUUUGCCAUUAUCGCUCACGCCCAUCCGGCCUUGUCCACGAAGCUAGUCCACGAAAAGCGAGAUGUCGUACCAGGCCAAUGGACGAAGCUGAGCCGUGCCGAGGCGACACGGCCCUUGACGUUGCGCAUCGGCCUAAAGCAACGCAACGUCGAGAGGGCCGAUGAGUUUAUCAGCGCCAUCGCCCACCCCGAUUCGCAGACGUACGGCCAGCAUUGGUCGCCGCAGCAGGUCAUCGACACGUUUGCGCCGAGCGACGAGGCCAUUGCCGAGACGGAGAAAUGGCUCCUCGUCGAAGGUGUCGCAAGAGACCGCAUUGCCAAGACGAGCGGCCGGAAUUGGAUCACGGUGACCACAACGGUUGCAGAGGCUGAAUCCCUCCUCGACACGGCCUACAACGUCUAUGAGGACGACCAGGGCACUCAGCUCGUCGCAUGCGAGUCAUACAGUGUCCCGGCUACUGUUCAGGAGCACAUCGACCUGGUGGCUCCCACGAUCCAGUUUGACGAGAGGGAGGCCAUAGUAACGACACGCAGCCUCAAGCAAAGGGACGACUCAAACGGUCCUAAGUUCAAGAAGCUUCCGCACACCCACUUCGAUGCGGACUCACUGAAGAACUGCAGCGCGCUCACCACACCAGCAUGUCUGCGAGCCUUGUACAACAUCCCUAAGGACGUCCACCCCGUAAAAGGCAACAGCUACGGCAUCGUCGAGUUCGCACCGCAAAGCUACAACCAGGACGACCUGAACACUUUCUUCUCCGUCUACACCAGCGGCUCCAUCCCCAACGGCACCUCCCCGAUCUUCCAGGGAAUCGACGGCGGCUACCUCUCUUCCGACCCCGGCUCCGGCACCCGCGGAGAAUCCAACCUGGACCUGUCCUACGCCAUGGCACUCACCUACCCGCAGAACGUAACGCUCUACCAGGUGGGCGACAGCGUGGCCUCCAACCCAGCAACUAACAACAACUUCCUGGACGCCAUCGACGGGACCUACUGCCACGCUGACGGCGGCGACUCCCCGGACUGGGACGCCAUCUACCCGCACGAGCCUUCCCCCACCGACCCCGACGAUGAUGAGGGGGUGUACACGGGCCAGCCGAUGUGCGGCGUGUACAACGCGACCAAGGUCAUCUCGGUCUCGUACGGCAGCAACGAGGACGCGCGCCCCGCCAGCUAUCGCGCUAGGGAGUGUGCUGAGUACAUGAAGCUGGGCUUGAUGGGCGUGACCGUGCUGUUCUCGUCCGGCGACGACGGCGUCGCCGGGCUCAGGGGCCAGUGCGUCAAGCCGGACGGGUCGUAUACUCCCGUCGGGGCGGCGUACGGGCGGUUUAAUCCCAUGUUUCCCGGUACCUGCCCAUGGAUAACCUCCGUCGGCGGCACCGCCCUGCCUCCCUCCACCCCCCCUGACGCCCCAGAAACCGCAUCCUACAAAUUCCCCUCCGGCGGCGGCUUCAGCAACCUCUUCCCCCAGCCCACCUACCAAACCUCCGCCAUAACACACUAUUACGCCCACCACGACCCGGGCUACAACUCCUCCAUCUACAACAACACCCGCACCACACGCGGGUACCCGGACGUAGCUCUCGCCUCACAAGACUAUGUGACGCCCAUCGACGGCGGCUUCACAGCCUUUUCGGGGACGUCGGCGUCGAGCCCGACCUUCGGCGCCAUGAUUGCCCUCAUUAACGGGGAGAGGCUGAAGGUGGGGAAGGGGUCGGUCGGGUUUAUCAACCCGGUGCUGUAUGCCCAUCCGGAGGUGUUUAGGGAUGUGAAGGAAGGGAGGAACCCGGGCUGUGGCACGCAGGGGUUUAGUGCGGUCGAGGGGUGGGAUCCGGUUACGGGGCUGGGCGCGCCGGAUUUUGAACGGUUGAGGAGGGUGUUUUUGGCUUUGCCUUGAUUCAUACUAGGUAGGUACUUACGUAUGUAGCGGUGGAUGUGGGAGAUUGGGGGGAGGUGUCGGUG